AUGCCCCAGAAGCGGAAGCAGCGCCCUCCUCCCAUUGAAGAUCCUCCAACUGUUUCCUCCUCCGAAUCCGAGGAAGAUGAUGAGCAAGCGCCUUCCUCGCAACCGCAUGCAGCACCAGCAGGAGUACAGGUUUCAUCCUCUGGAGAGGAAGACGAUUCUUCCCAAGAAGAAGACGAUGAGCAACGUCCCAUUCUCCCUGCUUCUGCACCCUCUAACCCACGCCCCAAAUUCUCUUCCUCAGAGUCCGAAUCCGACACUGACUCCGAACCCACCCGGGCUAAAUCCAAACCCGCGGAUCAGGCUCAGCGUGCCCCCGCGCCUGCGCAAUCGGGAUCCAAGCGCCCCGCCAGCGUUACUGAGCCGAAACGAGCGAAGAAGAAACCAACCGGCGCUCCUUCUUCCUCUGUACCUAAUGACGAGGCGGUGGAGGACGGGAAGAAGUCCGGCGGCCAGGGGAAGAUGUUCCAGCGGAUCUGGAGCGAUGAAGACGUGCUUGGCAUUUUGAAGGGCAUGAAUGAGUUCAUCGCAAUGACAGGGCAAGAUCCCUACAGGUACGUCGACGCUUUUCACAACUUCGUUAAGAAGUCACUCCACCUUGAGGCUUCAAGCAGCCAGCUGAAGGAGAAGAUCCGACGCCUGAGGAAGAAGUUCGAGACUCUGGAGCAGAGAGAGAAGCAGGGGCAGGAGCCUCGGUUCGUGUCACCUCACGACGAGACUGUGUAUGAAAUCUCCAAGAAGAUUUGGGGUGAUGGAGCCAAUGGACUGAUAGAAAAGCCCAAGAAAGCCGCUGCUAAGACUCCGAAGAGGGAAGCUGUUAACAGUAGUGCCGCAAAACCCAAAGCCAAACCACCUUCGGAGCCAUCAGUGCUGCCCUCGGAUUUGCCGGAGUCGGGAAAGCAUGAUGGUAAUGACGUGAGUUUGCUUUACCGCGAGAUUUCUCGAUUUCAAGAGCUGGAUGAGGAAGACAUGAAGAAGGGUCUGACUUUAAUUGGAGAAUCGAAGAGGAAGGAAUUAGAGGGAAGGUGGAAGAACUUGCGACAUGCUGAGAUGGAACUGCUCGUCAAUCGCUCUCUACUGAUCGCGGAACAGAUUAAAUUAGUAUCCGAAGCACUACAUUCAUCCUGUUAA